AUGGCGGCCAGCGGGUCAUCGUCGGGAGGAGGCGGCGGGCGCGAGCUAUUCAAGGAGGAGGAGCUGAGGGACAUGAGCGGGCUGAAGAAAGGCGACGACUUCAUCGAGGUGCUGUGCGGGUGCACGAGCCGCCGCUUUGGCGAUGCUGUUGGCAAGCUCAAGGUGUUUGCCUCCGGUGAACUCGUCAUCAGCUGCCAGUGCGUCCCCGGAUGUACGGAAGAUAAGUUGAACCCAUCUGCUUUCGAGAAACAUGCGGAGCGAGAGGUUCCGAGGAGAUGGAAGUACAAUAUUUGGGUCAUAGUGAAGGAAAAGAAAGUUCCCCUAUUGAAGACAGCCCUGCUCCGAUACUACAAUCGAACAUCGAAAUCUGCCAACGGCUCAAACAAGUUGCACCGAGAUGAGUUCGUUCAGUGUACAAUAUGCAACAAGCAGCGUCGAUUUCGUCUCAGGACUGAAGAGGAAUGCCGUGCCUUUCAUGAUGCGCAGGCAGUUCUCAACUGGAAAUGCUCUGAUAUGCCUUCCGACAAUGUCACUUGUGCUGUUGAAGAAGAAAGAGAAAGUCGCAAGCGCCUAAGAGGAUGCACUCGUACCCCAUUGUGCAAAGGUUGCCUUCACUGUGUCUGCUUCGGAUGUAAGAUGUGUCGCUUCUCAGACUGCGGGUGCCAGACUUGCGUUGACUACUUGGACAAUGCCGACAUUUAAUU